AUGGAGGUGACGGCGGCGGCGCUCAGCGACUUGGGAGACGUUUCAGCUGGAGGUGAGUGGGCUGCUGGCAGAGCUGCAUGUCCCUAUCCGUCUCUCACCACUGGCCCCGUGACCGCCAGGCUGACCAACAAGGAGACCUGCCUCCAGCUGUUGGGGUUCCUGAGCUCGGAGCUACAAGCUGCCAGGUGUUUGUAUGGCCGCCAGUCCCCAGCCCCGCGGGAGGGGGAGGUGGAGGAGGGGGGAGAUGUGGACUGUGAGCUGCGGAGUCUGUUCACAGACCUGGGCCUGGCCCAGCCCAGCCCACGCACCUCCCUGUCACAGCUCCUCACGCAACUCACAGCCAAGGUAAGCGAGGUGGUUGCUGAGCAGGAUGUGGGGGCAGCACUGCUCACCUGUUCCCUGGAGCCCGCACAAUGGGAGCGACUGGAGGUGAUCGGUGAGGUCUUGGGAAAGGAUUACGAAUGUCGGAAACAGAUGCUGCUCCAUCGCCUGGACCUGACCAUCCAAUCCUUCCGCUGGUCUCCGCGAGCCGAGGAACGUCGAGCUGCCGUGAGGAGUGUGUAUGAGCCGCUCAGGCGAGAGCUGAGUGCGAGGAGCCAUGUGACCCUCGCCCAUGUGCUGGCCGCUCGGCACGACCUGUCCAUCGUCACCAAGACCACCAGCCUCGCCAGCCGCAAACACACAGCCUGCGCCAUCAACAAGGUUGUAAUGGGGGCUGUGCCAGACCGGGGGGGGCGGCCGAGCGAUUUGGAGCGUCCGAUGCCCACGUGGGACGGUCCCCGCGGUGAAGGGGGGCGAAAGAGGAACAAACAGAAGAGGGGCAAAGGGCACAAACAACCAUGAAAAGCCUCCCCUGGGGGAGGGGCAGACACACAGCAAACCCCGGGCGGGGGGUACUUUGAUUGCGUCUGAUUUUCUCAAGGAGACGUCUACAGCCCCUCAUUCUGGGGGGGAUUGUUGUCAAUUGUCAAUGAGA